AAUAACAGUUGUCCCCUCCUUCCAUUUCAUUCCAAUCCAGCUGACGGCAGCAGCUGCAGCAACGUGAGCAGCCCGAGCAACACCAUCCAAAGUAACGGAAGUGGGAGUAAAUCGGCUGCAGCCUCGGUGCCAGGAUCCGGCUCAGGAGCUAGCUGCAAUGGCCAUGAAUCACUUACUCCAUCGGCAUCUUCUUCCGGGGCAGGGACAUCCCAGCAGCCGCCGCUUGUGUCAGCACUUUUGGCCGAAGCAAUCGCGUCACGAUCAUCCCCAGCAUCAUCGUCCAGGGCAAGACGCUACGAUCAGAAGAAAUCUCGACGAAAAUCUCCCAAAGGCGAUACUUCUGCCAAUGUGACCAUUAUAGAAGUUUCGAACGAAACCGGCCCAAGUUCGACACCCGCUAAGCCAGGCGGUUCACCUAAAUUGAACAGUCAACGAGGAACCUCUAAAGUUGAUCUGGCGACAGGCAAACUAGCUAACAGUACCCUGAUUACCGAUGAUUCUGGCGAUGAAAACUAUAAGAGCAACGUACAAAUCAUUCCGUCCAAUGUUGAGUAUGAUAACCAUCGGCACCACCACCAUCUGCAUCACCAUCUCCAGGAUCAAGAGCCGUCGAUUAUUGCGUCGAUCAACGAUCGACAGAUCACGACCGUCAAAGUACCUAAUCUGGUCAGCGGCAUCACGGAGGGACCCAGUGGCAACGUUAUACUUUCCACAUCUCCACCAGUACACACCGGAUUGGCUACCGUGAUAGCAUCUGUGGCGACUUCCUCGACCCAGAUCAAAUCGGAUAACAGCUUCGGAACGGUUACCCAAAUUGCAGUGAACUCAUGUGAUAGGCCUAGAACGCCACCGCAGCAUUACGAACAAGUAUUCCUGCUGCCAUCUCCGAUACAAGUGAUCAGCAGCAAUUCCGAGCAGUCGACAGUAAGUCUACAGUCAGCCCCGGUUUCCAUCGGUAGAACGGCAGCAUCUAAGUUGAACAAAAGUAAGGUUAUGCUUCUUAGCAAGCAGCAACGCUCCUCUAGUCAUUCGGAAAUCCAGAUCAAUCGUAUUAAAAAUCUUAGGAAUGACCCGGGCAACAAUAAGGAAAACCAAGGAGAGAGUAGCGGCUCCAGCAGUAAUCAGCCAGCGCCUAAAAAUGGGAUUCUACCUUCGGCGAGCAGUCCAGCGAUACCUUCCAACAGUCUAAGUCCUUCGAAGCGGGCUGCAGUUGAUAAGAAUAUCUACACCCCGCAACCUCAGCGCCCGAUGCUGCAACGGGGUUUAACAGAAAUGGUCAUCAGCAGAUCAACAAAUGCCGUAGCCGGUAGCCAUGCGGCAAGGUGUCGGCAACCAUCAAACCCUGUAGUAGCGCAAGUCAAUGAUAAACUCCGCAACGAGGUCAACGAGCAGCGACGACGAAGUUCCUCGACCUCUGACGCGCAUCCCGAAACAUCUGGCAAUCCGGUGAUGCGUGCCCGCCUGAACGGUGCCUCACGAUUACAAUCCCCUCCGCAACCGUUCCGACCACAUCAUCAGUUGAUCAACCAGUUAGAUCCGUUGAACGGAUCUAAUCGAAAGAUGACACUCCGAGAGCAGCAGGUCAUGCAACUGCGGCGGGAAAUGAUGCAUCCGGGUGGGGUCCGGUUACAGUUGCGCAGAAAGGAUUGCAUCAACUCGAUCGGUUUGGUCGAUGCCUUUGGAGCCGUGUGGGUAGCCGGUUGGAAGCAGAAGGAACACCCGGUGCUGUACAACGCACUACACAUCGGCGAUCAGCUGAUAUCGGUGGCCGGGGUAGCCAUUACCAGUGCCAGUGAGGCACAUAAGACUAUCCGGGGAGCGCCCGGACUAUUUGUGGAGCUGAUCAUACGCAGAGUACCGUUCGGUAGGGUGUAUGCAAUAAGGCGGGAAAUGGAUGGUCAGUGUUUGGGACUGAUUCGCGACGGAAACACUGCCACCAUCGUAGACGUCGUUCCAAACAGUCUUACUGCGAGACACGGUUUGCCUCCGAAGGCUCAAUCAUGUGACGGUCUGUCAUUGACCUUCUGGGUUUUGACUGAAAUAAACGGACGUCCGCUGAACCUUUUCUUCAAAGACAAUGAAAUUCGGGACCGAUUGAAUGCAGUCGGUCGAGAUAUAUCAAUUCUGGUUCAACCCGCUGAUUUGGUGACGAAGCUCAAAAAGCAACUUAAAUCGUUACGUGGCCACAAAGACUUCAUUGUGCAAUAGAGAAGCAAGGCAUGUAUAUGUGUUUAUGUGUGUGUUCUUCUCAAGAAAACAAGUGCAACCCCUAUUUAGCAAAUGAACCGCGGGCGUUAGCUGUUACAAACCUCUAAUAUUAGUAUUUGUGUGAUAUUGUCAGCCGCGCCCAGGGCACAUACCUUAUCGAGCUGGUUUUCUUUCUCCUCCUUUGAGCGCAUUACUGUUUGACUGUAGCCUACAGUCUGUAGGUAUCUACUUUAAAACCCUAGAAACGAAUGUCUGUAGUAGGAAAAUAAUUUCUCUGUUCAAAAUUAAGUUAACAAAUUCCAAAACGAGAAUGAUCGUAGAAAUCUCUUGUAGUGACCUUUUAGGCAUAUUAACUAAUUACAAUA